UCCUUCCCUUGCGAUGAAAAAACACAUCCCGUGGCAAACGAACGGCAGCCAUUCGAGCCCUAUACGCCCCAGGAGGCAUGGAAACAGAGCCCCCAAGUCUCCCACUCGAACGGCCCUGCAAUGCUACCGCCGAAGACCUAUCGCCGGUAAACCGCCUCCCAUCUUCUUCAAACCGGUCGGUAAACCAUCUUACGGAUCCCCAAACUAUCCCAGAAAACCACCUCCCAGACUCCCUUCUCCAUCCUCUCACUCCCCAAGUUCCGCUGGAAAACCACCUUCCCCUCCCCCAAACCACAGCUGAAAAUCAUAUCCCAGCAGGGGACCGUCCCCCGGAGCCUUCUAGCCAUAUUUCUGAUUCUCAACACGCACCGGUAAGCCACCUUCACCGUCCUUCUGCGCAGGUCUCAUCGAAUGACAACCCUGCAGACUCUUUGAUAGGAAAACACGUCAAUCACACUCCGAAGCGACCAUCGGAAGACCUCCUUGAAGCGCCUUCAAACUAUGCCAAACCGGAAGUUCCUCCGGCGAAAAAGCGCCGCCGGAGAAAGAAGCUUUUUCCCGAGAUGGUUCCAUCCGCCACUGCUGUCAAUGGCCUCCGUGUCCUCCGUCCUCAUGUCAAAUCAAGCAUUUACGACGAAAAGCUGAUGGACGAGAUCAUCCAGAUGCAGAUCAAUGACAGUCCUACGCCUUCGAAGAAUCGGCGACGUAAAAUAGCCGAUAUUGCAAAAGAAAUCGAUAUUGAAGCGUUGAUUGCAAUUUCGGUUGGAUUCCCAGUCGAUUCCCUCACCGAAGAGGAGAUCGAAUGCAACGUUGUAUCAAUCCUCGGCGGAGUUGAACAGGCAAACUUCAUCGUCGUUCGGAAUCACAUACUGGCUCGGUGGCGAUCGAAUGUCUCCGUAUGGAUGACCAGAGACCAUGCACUCGAAUCCAUACGGUCUGAGCAUCGAGGGCUAGUCAACUCGGCCUACUCGUUUCUUCUCGAGCAUGGUUACAUUAACUUUGGCUUAGCUCCAGCUAUCAAAGAGGUGAAUUUGAAACCGCUUGUAGGACCAGAGAAAGCGAACAUCAUCAUUAUCGGUGCAGGUCUCGCUGGGCUAGCGGCAGCUCGCCAUCUUAUCUCUUUAGGGUUUAAGGUCGUGAUUUUGGAAGGUAGGAAGCGGCCCGGUGGACGGGUCCGAACUAGAAAGAUGAGUGGUGAAGGUGUGGUUGCUGCUGCAGAUCUUGGUGGAAGCGUUCUCACUGGGAUUAAUGGAAACCCACUAGGCGUUCUUGCAAGGCAGUUGGGUUAUCCUCUUCACAAGGUACGCGAUAUAUGCCCUCUUUAUCUCCCUGACGGAAUGGGCGUGAACGCUGAAAAGGAUUCGAGGGUGGAGGUUUCUUUCAAUCAGCUUUUAGAUAAGGUGUGUAAGCUUCGGCAGGCUGUGAUGGAUGAGGUUGAGUCUUCAGAUGUUUCUUUAGGGACUGCUCUUGAAGCUUUCAGGCAGGUUUACAGGGUUGGUGAGGAUCCACAAGAACGAAUGCUCUUGAAUUGGCACCUCGCCAACCUGGAAUAUGCUAAUGCUUCACUGUUGUCUGAUUUAUCCAUGGCGUACUGGGACCAAGAUGAUCCGUAUGAGAUGGGUGGGGACCACUGCUUCAUUCCCGGUGGGAAUGGGAGGUUUAUCCGUGCACUGGCUGAGAACUUGCCUAUUUUCUAUGAUCGUAUUGUGGAAAGCAUAAGAUAUGGAGUGGACGGGGUUAUGGUAUGUGCAGGUGGGCAGGUGUUCCGGGGAGACAUGGCUUUGUGUACAGUGCCAUUGGGGGUUCUCAAGAGAGGCUCAAUUGAGUUUGUACCUGAGCUUCCACAACAAAAGAAAGAUGCUAUUCAGAGAUUAGGAUUUGGGUUGCUGAAUAAGGUCGCAAUGUUGUUUCCUUAUGAUUUUUGGGGUGGAGGAAUUGAUACAUUUGGGCACUUAACAGAUGAUGAGAGUAUGAGGGGAGAGUUCUUUCUGUUUUAUAGCUAUUCCUCUGUCUCAGGGGGCCCACUUCUGGUGGCUCUGGUCGCAGGGGAAUCCGCAAUAAAAUUUGAGAUGAUGUCUCCCGUAGAUGCUGUUGGCAGAGUUCUGGAUAUAUUAAGACGAAUUUUUACUCCGAAGGGGAUUGAUGUUCCAAAUCCUGUGCAGGUGGUCUGCACUCGCUGGGGGAAGGAUCAGUUCACCCAUGGGUCUUACUCUUAUGUUGCAGUGGGUGCUUCUGGGGAUGAUUAUGAUGUCCUUGCAGAGAGUGUGGGAGAUGGUAGGGUUUUCUUUGCUGGAGAAGCAACUAACCGGCGCUAUCCAGCCACUAUGCACGGAGCAUUUCUCAGUGGUUUGAGAGAGGCUGCUAACAUUUUGAGAAUUGCUAAUAAAAGAUCCUUGGUUUUGCCGGAGAAAACAAAUAAUGGUAGGGAAGAUGAUGGGGAUUUGGCAACUAGGAACCCCGUGGUUCCAUUAGAGAAAACAAAUAAUGCUAGGGAGGAAGGUGGAGAUUUGGAUGAGCUGUUUGCCACUCCUGAUCUAUCAUUUGGGAGCUUUGCCGUUCUGUUUGAUCCAAGAUCAGAUGAUCUUGACUCUACUUCACUGCUAAGAGUGGGGUUUGGGGCGGCGAAAUUGGACUCUGGUUCUUUAUUUCUUUAUGGCGUGAUAUCUAGGAAGCAGGUCUUGGAGUUGAGUGCAGUGGAUGGAGAUGGUAACAGAGUGAGACUAUUGAAUCGUAACUUUGGGGUGAGGUUGGUUGGGAGGAAAGCUUUAGGUAGUGUUGGAGAAUCUCUCAUCACCUGCAUAAAAUCAGCCAGAGCCAACCUCAUUGGGGGAGGCGCAAAUGAAGCCCAGCACAAGUAAGAAAUUCUUUCUCCAGUUGCAUGCAGUAGGUGCUAUGGCUAACUUGUAUUCUACUAUUAAGAGCUUCUUUCUGUCUGAAAUCAAAUCAAGUAGAUGGAGGGCCGAGGGAGCUCUUGUCCAGUGGGAGAUUUAACAAUUUUAUGUUCUUUCAGGAUGAUUCUUGUUUAACCAAAGCUACAUCAUAAUUAUACUAUAGAGUGCUCUCAAAUUUUAUCUGUCA